CGCGGUCUCAGGGAGGGGGUGGGGCCAAGCCGCCGGUGGCCGUGUUCCCGCCGUUACGCCGAAAAUUUGUGCCAGCGGAGGGAGAGGGCGCGGCGGGAAAGCGCGGCACCGGAGUGUGGUGUCUGGCUGGGCGGCAGGGGCCGUGUCCUGGACCGGGCGGAGCCACACAUUACGACUGAGAGGCCGUCGCCGCUGCGCCCGGGAAUUUCCUGAUGUUACGCCGCUGUUGCACCCUGGGAAACUUCUUGCGUUCACGUGACCGCAGGCGGAUGUGAGGCAAUUGGAAGGUUUGAGGAUUCCCCUCCUCCUCCUCCUCCCCCCCCUACAAACAAUCUCCCCAAAGUUUGCUGCUUUUGGCUCCACAAGGAGCAAAUUUGCCUCCCCAUCUCUGCACAGGCUUGCUCACUGAGACUUUGCACUUGAGCAUCUUCACCCCCCCCCCCCCACCCCCAUCACCAUCAUCCCUCCAGGUGCAACAGUCUUAUCACCACCACCACUACCAUCAUCAUCAUCACCCUUACAUUUUGUAACCCACUCCCACCAUCACCCAACAAGAGUCAGAGGACACUAUGGCAUUUCCCAUGGGCAUUCCUCUCUACACCAUCAUUGUGGAAGAUGAGGAGGAGGAGGAGCAGCAACGAAUGGAGGCCAAGCGGAUACGGCAGCAUGGCAAAAGACACCACCCAACCAGGUACUACCCACCUCAGCGUAUCUACAGGCAACGCAGAUCCUUUGAAGACUUGUCGGAGGAUCUCUGCAUUCGAAGAGUGCGAUUGUCCAAGGGUGCCAUUGCCAAUUUGUGCGAACUCCUUCGUGAAGAUCUUCAGCCGCACUCCACUGCUAGGACAGCCUUGUCUGUCGAAAUGAAAGUGACCACUGCGCUGAAUUUUUUUGGCACUGGAUCCUUUCAAGGUGCCACCGGGAACAUGUGCAAUAUCAGCCAAGGAGCUGUGAGGGCAGCCAUUCAACAGGUCACAGAUGUGCUCUUCAACAGAGCUCCAGGAUUUAUCAACUUUGGCAUCACGCCUAGGCAACAGAGGGAACGAGCAAAGGAGUUCUGUUGCAUUGCGGGAUUCCCCAAAGUUCAAGGUGCCAUUGGUGGCACCCAUGUAGCACUGAAGGCACCAGCAGAACAACCACUUAUAUUUGUGAACAGGAAAGGAUUCCACUCAUUAAAUGUUCAGAUUGUCUGUGAUGCUCACCAGAAGAUCCUGUAUGUAAAUGCCAAGCAUGCGGGAAGCUGUCAUGAUGCUGUCAUUGUACAGCACUCAACUCUCCCUGACCUCUUCCACGAGGAUAACCACGUUCAAGGGUGGCUUCUUGGAGACAAGGCAUACGCAUUGCAAACGUGGCUCAUGCCUCCACUGAGCCAACCGAAAACCCAGGCCGAGGAAGCAUACAACAAAGCUCAGGCAGCGACGCGAGCCGUGGUGGAGAGGACCAUAAGACUGUUAAAAAGCAGGUUUCGCUGCCUGGACAGAUCCAGUGGAGCUCUGCAGUACACACCCCAAAGGGUGGCACGAAUUGUCAUAGCAUGCUGCGUGCUGCACAAUUUUGCACUGCAGGAAGGCCACCUAUUCAACAUAGAUGAUGAGGAACCACUGCUGCCUGAGGAAAGGGAGUUGCAGGCCCCGCCGUUUGAGGAGGAUGAUCAGUUGGAGGAUUCAUCUCUGAUUGCUGCAAGGGCCAUUCAAAAUCAGAUUGUGCAGGAGGAGUUCAGCCAUUGAUGAUGUAGCAGUUUUCUCCUGUGCCAAAUACCAAGCAAGUUUUCGUCCUUGAAACCACUACCGACCUUAGUACGUGAUUGCUGAGCAGCCCUCGAUGCCCAAAAAGCACUGUGACAAUAUUUAUGACCGGAAUAUAUAUGUUCACACCAGUUAGAUGUUCCUAUUCCAAAAUGACUUUAUUAUUCACGAGUGACCAGUGCAAAAUGUACAGUAAUAAAGACAUGUUGUACAGUCGAAGCAAAUGAAUAUCGUGCUCAUUAUUUACAUCCUGAUUCAUCUUGGUGAUGGGCUAUCACUUCCGAUCUCCCUCAUCGGUUACUACUACUACUUUAUACCACCUGAGGGCCCGGCAGGUGAUGAGUGGCACCACCUGCUGUACAGAAGGGGUCAUAGGACUGAAGUGGCUGUCAACCCAUUGGCGGCCGGGGCGUAUUGAGGAGCUGCUACUGAGUGUUUAUCUGGAGGGAGCUCAUGGGCAGCCUGGUCUCAUCUACUACCAUUGAACUGUGAGGAGGACUGGCACAUGCCAUUGUCCUGAGAGGUGCCAGAAUCAGGCAGGUGGAUUUCAGUCAUCGAACGGAGCUUAAGCUGCCCACUGCACUUUCAGAACACAAUUAGGCCAGAACUUGCACCACCUCAUAUGUAGGUGUUUACCCAGGAAAUUUGCGUGUGAUAUUACCCCCUGCUCGUGAACAGCAUAACUUUCUAAUGCAGUGGAUGUAGCAAAUUUCAGUGUUAACAGCUUUGUUUUGGGUAAUUGGAUUGUUUGCAAACUGCUCUUUCCAAUCUUUAGCAAAUGUAGGUUUAGUGUUUACAUAAUGAAAGCAAAAUGUUUCUCAACUCAUAACGCUAAUUGUUUUGCAAAUGUAAUGGAAUCUCCCUUCACCUGUCAAAGGGAGUGUUCUGUGAUAAAUCUCAAAUUUGCUCAAGGAUGCACUGGUGUUUGCAGUGAAUGUGUCUUCUCCUGUUUGACUUUAUGCAUUAAAUAACUUCAAGUUGCUAAUGGGCAGAACAGCAAAAUACUAUUUACAGUAACCACUAACUUUAACUUAAUAAUAGCAGUAUGUUUUACUAUUUGUAUGAAAUAGAAAAUGUCAGUGUUAGUGAACUGACAGAUCAGAAUGGACUUGAAGAAAAUCCUCCAGGGUUAUACAGUGAUAAGGACGUUCCCAUGCUUACUACAUCGAUUACAAAUACAGUAACAAUAUGUCAAAUGUGCAUACUGCAUAUUCUGUGUCCACUGCAUGUAGCUCUACUGAAGAUGCCUGUUGGAGUAGAAAUCUCUGAGUCUAAUCUGGUGUAUUGUAAAUAUGGUAGAGCUCUUGUCGGAAGUAAUUGUUUUUAGACCAUUCCAGAGACUUAGAGAAAAUAAUCUAAGCUAACACUUCAUUGUGCACUGUUGGAGGUCUGAAAUGUCAAAGCUUGGCCAUUCGAUCCUUUCAGUGGAUAUCAUCCAGUAGCAUUACUUAAAGAAUAACUGCAGAGUUUUCUUGGCUAACAUUUAUCCUUCAGCCGACGCCAUUGAAAUGGAAUGUCUGUUGUCAUGUCUGAUUGCUGUUUGCCUAGUAUUGCAACAGUGAAUACACUUAAGAAAAGUACUGUACCUCACUGGUACUGAAGCAUCAGGGUGCCCUGAUGUAAAUGGUGCUACCUUAACACAGAUUUUUCUUUUCAUAUCUUGGCAUUAUAUUGGGUUUGUUGCUGACUGCUUCAUGAGUCCAAACGUCAGCAUUACAGUGUGCCAAAGCACAGAGGUGUUAUGGAGCAGAAGGAGACCAUUUGGCCAUAUGGCUCUCCCACAUUUGUCAGUGGUGCCUGCUGCAUGGAGGAUGUUAAAAGCUAUUCUAGUGAAAUUUCCACUUCUGUCAGCAUGAACAAAACAUGCAUCUUACAGGUUCCAAGAAAUGGGUAGGGAGAACUUAAAGGGCAAUUACAAAAUUGAGGUGAAAAUCAGAAAUUGUCAGAAGUGCACAUCAGAAUCUGAAAGAGAAAUCAAGUGAGCUCUUUAUCAGAAUUGAUUCUUUGAGAGGUUGAUUGGAUUUUUUUAGAAUUACAUUUUUUAUGGAGUAUAUAUUAAUUUCUGCAUCCUAAAAUUCAAUGUUGUAUAAUAUUUCUUAUAAAUCAGUGCUAAAUAUAUGCUGAUUUGUUUGAAUUACUGAAAUACUUUCAUACCUAAGAAACAGGAACUGGAUGUGUGGUUCCUCGAGUCUGCUUCACCAUUCAGAUGAUCAUAGUUAUUCCUUGGCCUUAACUCACUUUCCAAUCCCAUCCGCCACGUCCUGUGAUUUCUGUAGAGUCCAAACGUCUUGAUCUCAGCUGUGAACAUAAUGAAUUAGUGAACAUUUGCAGCUAUUUGGAGAACAGAAUUCCAAACACUCUCAACCUUUCAAGCGAGGAAAUCUCAUUUCAGUCUGAAAUGGCCAUCACGUUGUUCAAAGACUGCCCCCUCAUCCCAAGCUUUCCUGUCAAGGGCAAAAUAGCCCCUUAGCGUCUACCUUGACAACCCCUUUUGUACGUUUGCAUGAGAUCACCUUUUAUUCUUUAAUACAGCAGACAGUAUAGACUCAUUCUACUCUUGUAGGACAAUCUCUUAUCCCUAGGAAUCUAGUCAACCUUUUUUGCACGACUCUAAAAGGUAAAGAAAAUAAUUUGAGUGCUAAAACUCUGCAUAAUAUUCCACAUGCAGUCUCUCAAAAACCUGCACAAAUGCAGCUAGAAUUCCCCUCAUUUAUUUUCAAAACCCUUUGCGAUACAUUCCUGUGUAAUUACUUGCUGUAUCUAUAUGUUAACUUUCUGUGUACCUCGUACAGGACAUCAACUUCCUUCUGAGCACCAAUAUUUAAUGGUUUCUCACCAUUUAAAAAAAAAAUCAUCUAAAGUAAAUAACUCCACAUUUCCCCAUACUAUUGUUCACUUGACACCUUGUUACCCUCUCACCUAACCUGUGUAUAUCUCAUAACAGAUCUGUCCUCCUCAGAGAUCACUUUUCCACCCAGCUUUGUGUUGUCAGUAAACAUGGAUAUAUUAGACCCAAUCUUUUCGUAUAAGUCAUUAGUAUAGGUUGCAAAUAGAUGAGACAGUAUCACUUACCCCUGCUAGUUCAUACUAGUUCCUUUUUGCAAAACAAUGUUAAUUGUGUCAAAUCAUGCUAUGAUCUGCUAAGUGCAUUAAGACUUCCUUAAUAAUAAAUUCCAGCAUUUUCCCAAUAGCUAAUGUUAGAUUAACUGGCCUGUACCUUAUCUUGGGUAAUUCCCUAUUUUCUGCCUCCUUUUUUUGAUUAGCAGUGUGACAUUUAAUUUCCAAUCUGUUGGGACCAUUGUAGAAUCCAGGGAGUUUGGAAUGUCAUAAACAGUGCUCCACCUCUAGAACCCUCAGAUAGAUGCCAUCUGGCCCUGAAAGUGUGUUGCAUUUUACUUCCUCAAGUUUUUCCAACAUGUUUUCUCCGCUGAUAUUAAUUACCUUAAAUUCUCAUUGCUUGGCUGUCUAUUUCUCCCGUUUAUUCAUCUACAUGUCUUUUCUAUUUGUCUAAACAAGUUCAGAAUUUUCUCCCCUCAAACCUACAUCAUUGGCUCAAAUUAAGUUUAAGAUUUUUGAUUGCAACUAGUAUAUGUUGCUUUCAAACUUGGAAUUUAAUUAUAUUCUGGUAACAUUUAUUCCCAAGGAAUUUUUUUCUGCUGAAAUUAUUGAUUAAACCCACCUCGUUGUAUGAUGCUAGAUCAAAAUUGCUUUAUUCCAAGUUGGUUCCACAACAUAUUGUUCCAAGUAAUUAUUGUGAAAAAGUAUUCCACAAAUUCAUCUUCCAGAUCGGCUUUGCCCAUUUGAUUGUUGCAGUCUAUAUGGAGAUCAAUUACCCCACAAUUUUUACAUUGCCUUUGUUACAAGCUACACUUAUUUCUUCCUCAAUGCUCUGUUGAGUAGGAGUAUAACUAUUAGGGGUCCUAUAAACUACUGACAACAGUGUUUUCUGAUCAUUGCUAUUUCUAAUCUUCAUAAAGAUUUUAAUUCAUGAUCUUCUGAACCACAUCCUUUCUCACUGUUGUCCUUGUGUCAUCCUGCGGUAUCAAGACUGCACCUCCCUUUCCGUUCUGUUCGUUUGUUUCAGUGUUGUGUAUCCUGAAAUGCUUAUUUUCCUAGCCUUGGUUACAUUGCAAUCAUGUCUCUGUAAUGGCAAUUAGAUAUAAACCAUUUAUCUCUAUUUGUGCCACUAAUUCACCUACCUUAUUGUAAAUGCAUUGUUCAUUCAGAUAGAAGUUUUUUUUAACUAAUAUUUGCACGGUCCUUAUUCUCUGAUGUAUUAUUACCUUUAAACACUGUGUCCAACUCUGUUUGUCUUUAUUUAUAUAAUUAAACUUUUCUGUUGUUUUGAUCUUUAUUUUAGAUUUCUAACUCUUCUAUCACCUUGAACCCUCUCCCCUUCUCUCCCUAGUUUAAAACCGUAUACUCAAGCCCUGGUCAUACAAUUCACCAGGACAAUGUUCUCAAUGCAGUUUAAUUGGAACUCAUCUCAAUGAAACAACUGUUCCUUAUGUGACUACUGAUGCCGCUGACCCAUUAAUUUUUAAUCUGGUUGGCCCUAUGCUAAGAAAACAUUUACUUCAAUAUUCACAAGUCUUCAUCUAGCAUUGUAUCUCUUAACCUAAUUUUCAAAUCUACCUCAGUCAGUUUGACACUCAUACCUGUGUAUUUGACUUUGAGUUCAGUACUCUCGCUUGGGACUUUAUAUAUGUUACUCAAACUCAGAGUGAGUUCUGUCAUAUGAUCACUCUUUCCCAGAGGAUCCAUUACUAUGAGAUUACUAAUUAACCCUGACAUAAAGUUGCCUGUUCCCUGGGUUGUUCAAAGAUGUAUAAUUUUGGGAAUUUAUAAGCUUAUCUUCUAAACUAAUUUUACUGAUUAGAUUUAUCCAAUUUAUCAGAAGUUUUAAGUCCCUCAUGAUUACUGCAUUGUUUUUUGAUAAAAUCUAUAAUAAUAGCUUUGUCCAAACGAUUGUUUUGUGGACUAGUUUAAGCAGUAUGUCUUUGGUAGGUUCAUUUAGCUGGGAAGGCACCUGGGGCCUAUGGAGAUCUGUAGCACCUCUCCACAGGGUAGGGACAUUGGGAUAAGGCAAUGAUAAUGGAGAACAGUAAGCAGUGGAAGGUAAAGAGAGUCCAACAACAACAGUACCAAGACUGGAGAUAAUUUUCUUCCAUGUUGGAUGGGAGUCCAAACGUGGGAUGACACUAGUAGGGUAGAAGGAAUGGAAUUGGAAUGAUUUAGAGGUGGAUGCCAUCCAGUGACUGAGAUAGUGGAAUCAAUUAUGUAUGGUAAAAUCAGAAUAAUUAUUUGUUAGUACUUAUCAAUUGGAAGCUUUUCUACAUGCUGAAAAUUAAAAUUCACUAGAUUUGAAUGAAAAAAUGUUAAGUGCGGUUAGGUUAAUUAAAUAGACGCACCAGUGUUGGUUCUAUAGAUAAAGAUUAUAAAAUUUUUUAAUCUCCAGCAUUUCUACUGUCCACCUCCAAUGACCAUGCCAUUACACAAUCUUAAAGUCCAGGAAGGAACAGUUAAUAAUGUUGCUGAAUCCUAAACAAGAAUUUUGUGAUGGAACAGGAAUCUUGAUGGUAGAUGCUAAAAUUACAUGAUAAGAAAAUUUCAAGGAAGUAAUGCUUUUAAUUCCUUAAAAAUAAAUUGAAUCCCAUCAUAUGUAAAACUGCCUUUUCAACUCAGGAGCAAACAAUUCCCAACUUAGUCUUAUUUUUAUUAUAAUUAAAAAGCCACAAGGCUAGAUUCUUGACAAAAUUUGUGUUUGUAUCCUGAGGUCUGAUUUUACACAUGGACAGCUUUGUGUAAUUUCUGGAGUGCAAAGUUUUGAUUUUGUUAGAGUCUUUGGUGAAAGAAUAGCUAGAAAUCCUGUAUUUAAAAAAAUAUUGUUGUAAUAAAGAUACCAAGUUGACUACAAAUUUUCAGGCUUUUGCUACCUUCCUCUUAUUUAUUGAUUGAUUCAUUAUCCAAAAGUGUAACUCCGAUCAUAUAAAUUAUUCUCACUCAUGUUUAUUUCUUUUUCUAUCCAUAUUGGUACUACUGUUCUUCAAAGUCAAGAUCUUCCAAACUGCUGACCCUGAUGCUAACCCUUCAUAUCUAGCCUUGUCCAUUUUGCCUGUUUCUUUUUGAAAUAUCAGGUACCCUGGAAUAUUUAGUUUCCAGCCUUGGUCUCUGUGCAGCUAUGUUAUUGAGAUGGUCAUUAGAUCAAGCACAGUUAUCACUAAUUGUCUUUUGUAUUGGCAUUGUAUAUUCACAUGAAGCACUCCUAAUUUUACCGUUAUCAUUUUGUUUGAACAGGUUGAUUAAAAAAAAAAAUCUACCUUUA